GAAAAGCAAAGAAAUGGAAUCCACGCGCACAGCACAGCCAACCAAAACCAGUCUCCUACCUGGCGGUUUUGCACCAAAACCGCGGGCCAUGAUUACCUGAACAAAACACCCCAACACAACCAAAAUCGACAACAGAACUCCUGAAUCCAUCAGAAACCCACAUCAUUAAAAUCAUCCUUAAUUCGGUUCUGCGACUCAUACGGUGAUGGCGUUGGAGACAGUGAAGGAGGACGAGGAAGUUUACAGUUGGAGAGAAGUGCAGCUUCUUCAUAUCGCGGAGCUCGAGAGAGAGAAGCUGGAGAGAAAGCGAGGCCGUGACAUUAUCAUAGCUGUGGAUCAUGGCCCCAACAGCAAGUACGCUUUCGAUUGGGCCCUCAUCCACUUCUGCAGGCUCGCUGAUACCCUCCAUCUCGUUCAUGCUGUUUCCAAUGUGAAAAACGAGAUUGUUUACAAUGCAAGUGAGGAGCUUAUGGUGAAGCUUGCUAUGGAGGCAUUUCAAGUUGCCAUGGUAAAGAGUACUGCCCGGAUUGUGGAAGGGGAUCCGGGUAAGGUAAUUUGCAAGGAAGCAGAACGAAUAAAACCAGCAGCUGUGAUCCUAGGUACCCGAGGCAGAGGCUUCAUUCAAAGUGUACUAAAAGGAAGUGUGAGCGAGUAUUGCAUGCGCAACUGUAAAUCAGCUCCAGUUGUAAUCGUUCCAGGGAAAGAAGCUGGAGAUGAGUCGAUGAUCUAGCUAGCGGAACUCAUGAAUAGCAUCGCGUCCUGUCUCUGCUCUCGUUGUCAUCCGAUUCACCUCUGAGCUUGCCUAGGCCCUUGCCGGUAGACAAAGACAUAGAACCUGGCAUGCGGACGACCUUGGCAGACACCCAUUUCCAUUUGGGCUCUUCUGAUAAUCCUUCCAUAGAGCCUCUGCAACCACAACUUCAUCUUCAUCUUCUACACAUCUGCGCAAGUCACUCGAAGCACAAAACCCAGAUCUCACUGGAUUGCAAAACCCA